CUAAUGGUAUUAUACAGGACGAAUUUGACGAAACUGUAUAUUUCAAAUUUACAAUUAUCCUAUCAUACCAACUAUUCCAUUUUUGUAUAAAAACCGAGAGAGAACUCUCCAACGUAAGCAGACAACUUAUUUGUAGCCAGCUGCUGUGAACCAUAUAAAUUUGCAUUUUUCGCACUCGACGUAUUUUUACUUUGCUGAGGCUUGUUUUCAGUUGUUACAGGAUGCUUGCUGUACGGCUGAAUGAAAAUUCGUUUUUACCAACCAUUGCACAGUCAAUUGAACCGACACUGCGGCGUCUUGUUUUAUCUCUUAGCUGUCUCUAAAGUAAAUUUACCAGAGCAUUCGCGAGUCGUUAGCCAAUCAGAGUACACGACUUUAGAACGACUAGACUAGCUAAGCUACUCAGCUAGACUCGUCUGUAGAACAAGACAAAUAACUGCCGCGCCGGCGAGCCGAUAGCUACUCGGUUAGAAUGACGCGUCAGUGUCUCCUAAUUUGAUUGGCCGAGACUAGACACGAGAAGCAACUGAUCAACUCGUAACGCGCCUCCUUUAAGGUCAUUGACUCUUAGUCUGCCGUGUUUCUUAAUCGUCAUUUUGUCUGUCCGCUGUGCUUACUUUGUGGUUAGAUAAAGAAAUUUCACAGGAUAAAUAUUUUUUAUCAUGUGUUUUGUCUAAUUUAUCCGUUUCAAAGCUGUUCUUUCUUCGAAGGAAGGUUUAAAGUUGAUUAAAAUACAACUUUCUGACCAUUUUAAUUUGCAAAAUUCAUUCAACAUUCGCUGCUUUAUUAAAUUCGCACAUUAAAGACCUUGUAAUUCAUUUGCUCAGCGAAGAUUUAUCGAAAUUAUUUGUUUUUGUUCAGUAGUCGAUAUGCAUUCGACUUUAGCAGCGAUGUCGACCCCUUGUCUCAUAACAGAGGAUAAAAAAUUCUUCACCCCUUCAAUUCAGCUCCACAAAAGCCUUUUACAGAACCCAGCUUACCAAGUUGCGAUUCCGGCGCUUUUGGAGCUACAUUCCGGUCGGUCUUUCACUCACAACUCAGAAAACAAGUCAAUAAAAAUGGAGGUUUCACCUCCGAAGACGAGGUCAGAAUCUUUUCCCGAGUCAGUGGUUGAUUUUAAGAUGGACAGCAUACCACAUACGACGCUCCUCAACUAUCACCCCAUUACGGCGUUUAGUGUGGGGGGCGAAUUGAGACUUUGUUUGCCACAAGUCAUGAAUUCAGUUUUGAAAAACUAUUCUCUGCAGCAGAUUGAGCACAAAAUCAACGAGCUCAACAUUUACAUUUCACGAUGCUCCAACGAGCAAGCUAAGUGUCUGAAGUUGAUCAAAGUUCUACCAGAUAGGGUUCCCUAUUGCGGACUUAUCACGAAGAGCAACGCCGAGCGCCUUGUUCACGAGCUACUCGACAAAGAAAACGAGUCGUCUUCGGGUCACGUGGACUCGGCAAAGAAGUUGAAACUAAGCAGCGAAGUAUCCGCGAAACUUUUUGGGUUCCGAGUGUAUCACGAGUGCUUCGGAAAAUGCAAGGGAACCCUAUAUCCCACUUUGUUCACCGAACCCGAGGCGAAGUGCAUCGAAUGUCUCGAGUGUAAAUUCAUAUUCGCGCCGAACAAGUUCGUCUGCCAUGCGCACAGAGGCCACGAAAGCAUCGGAAUCUGUCAUUGGGGCUUCGACUCUGCAAACUGGAGGAGCUAUAUCCAGAUCUCGAAGGACCAGGAGAAUUGCAAGGAGCUGGACGGACAUCUGGAUCAGAUGAAGGGCAAGGUGUUCGACCACCAUAACAUCUCUGCCGGCGCCGGAUCCGACACCCACCAAAGUGCAAUGGGAGGAGUCAUCAAGCGAAAGCUGGACCCUGAUUCCUCUGACAAACUGUUAAUAACCCCUAUCAUUUCUUCACAUGCCAAUAGCAACCAGCAAUCCACUGCGAUAUCCGGAAAUAAUUCAACCGUCUCCGCCGCCCACCAUCCCCACGGCACAACACCCAAAAAGAAGUUCCCCAGAGUAGACUGCGACUCGGGGUUCGGAUCCAGUCCCGACUCGAGUUCGAACAGAUCACCAUCUUCGUCGCCGCCGCCUGUUCUCACCUCGUCUUCAGCCACGGCGCUGUCGGCGCCCAGGCUCGCGACGUCGUGUUCAUCGGCAUCUUCAAUGGCAAAUUCAAUCCCUGUACAUGUUUCAAACCACUCGCAAACCACACAAUUGGCGAACGCGAUCAAAAACAAUCCUGAUCUUUACUCGCAGAUUUUUACUUCCUCCGCCGCCGGAUUGAACAAUCUGUCCGCGGGCUUAGGCUCUUUCUCUUUAGCCCCUGGAUUGCAGAAACAGCAGCAAGGUGUAAAUAGUCAAGCCAUGCAUAGCCCAAGAUCACAUUCGACACCAUAUGCUGUUAUUAAGCCGAGUGACAAAGUGGCAGCCGCUCUCCUCACGUCUCAACUCACAUUCCCAAAUGGAACAACCAUCAACACUCAACAAGACUUGCAGCGCCAUCUGAUUGCAAUAGAAGCUAACAAGGGGGCUGGAAACGUGUCCCCGGGAGCAUCUUCUGCACUGCAAAACUCCCAGUUCAAACAUCCCCCGACCCCAUCCGCCAUCCAACACGCAUCCUCUCAAAGCAACAACGUUCAUAACUCGGGAUCCCUGCAAACAUCUCCGGCGGGUGGCGGACACAUCGGCUCAGCCCCGUCGGUCAUCAUCCCGCCCCACCUAUCCCCCCACCAAGGCCACGUGACUGCACUGGGACUUGUGCAUGGUGUCCCAAAUGUGGUUGCAGGCACUGUAGGGUCGGCAGUUUCGACGGAUCUUGUGUCGCCUGAGCUGCGCAUGAUCAGCCAGGCAAUGGAAGUUACAAUUGCUAAGAUCAAUGCUCAUUGCACUCCCAAUGUCAAACUACAUCUGGACCAGUUGGUCGAACUGCUAAAAGAGCAACAGAAGCAAUACUUGAAAGACUUCGCAAUGACACAUCAGGAAAACGAGCGUCUGAGCAUGGAGCUUAAAAUCAGAGAGAAAGAAUUAUCCGAGGCCAAGAAUGCUCUUUCCAAAGUGAGAAAUGAUCUUCAGCAUUCAGACAUCGAACUACACAACGAAAAGACUCUCCGAUUCAGAAACCAAAUUGAUCUGGCUCAAGUUCUGAGAAACCAGCAAGCACUUGGAACCUACAACUCAGUCAUUUUCCAACAGCAACACAAACUGCAACAGAGCUCGAUCUUGCAAUCAGAUGCAAUUCUCGCCGCCAAAGGAAAUAUUACGUCAUCGAGUCCAGCAGUCACUUCGAUAUGCUAUGACGUCAUUACAUCUGCAUGCUCCAAAGCCGAGCCAGAUUGGUCUUCGUUGUCGCCAGCGAGUGUAAACUCAGUCGGAACACCGACACCAUCGCCGAAAGUCGAGGCUUCGACCGAAUGUCCGAGAACAUCGCCCAGAUGUGAAAGCGAAGAGCGAACGCCCACGAAUGGAUCUCCAUUUUCAAAUCACCUUCCGAAUUCAUCCAAAACUGAGGCUAAAACUGGAAGGAAUUCGUUGCAGACGAAUAGGGAAGAAAUCGAAAAUGAUGCCGAGACAAGAACGAGAAGUCCUCCGCCGACUCGUGAUGACGACGAGUCUACCCGAGGAACGCCAUCGCCUUCGCACAGCACUGAAUCAUCAUCGCAACUUUUGAUCGUUGAUUGCUGAGCUAAUCGAGCGCUAGUUCGAAAUCGUCACAAUUAAUGCACAGACGAAUGCGAUUUGAAAGUGGGAUUGGAAAUCGGAAUAAAACUUUGUUGAAAACUCAUUUAGCUUAAUUUACCCUAACUUGUCAUAGACCUUUCUGGGCUUCAUUAAAAACCAUCUGGCAUGGAUUAAUGUAGCAAAUUCGAAAAAUUCUGAUAAAACUUUUAUUUAUGUUGUUUAUUACAAAAUUGCGAGUUAUUUUUUAUAGUUUGUGUUUUAAUGUAUAACCAUUUGGCAUUACCUUUUUUCUACCUCAGUUCAGAGUUUGCUUAGUGUAAUCUAAGUUAUGUUUAUUCUUCUAAAGUGCAACGUGGUGAUUUAUGAUUUGUUAAAUUAUCUCCCCAAAUUGUUGAACUUUCGUUUCUCAAGGCGCGGCUUCUAUUCUUUUCUCUUGAAGGUGAAGUGAUGAAUAAAGAAAUAUCAUCCCCGCCUAAUCCCCCCCCCCCAUCCACCCAUCAAGCUUUGCUAUGUUGUCACCUAGUAUGAUAACUUCAAGUUAUGAAGUUAUCAUACAUUACCUACCCUUCCUUUGAGUUUAACUGUGCCCUUCAAUAUUGGUGUUUAGUUUACUCGAUUAGAUGAUAGGACUAGCAACAGCUCAUAGAAUACUAUUGUGUUAUUUAUAAAAUCCCUGAUAUUAUGAUGGAUUCUAAUUUACUGUCUUAAA